AUGGCGGCGGGCGGGCCUCGCGGGCUCCGGCUGCUGUAUCCUCUCGCGCGCCGGGCGCUGUACGACGCGGCCCCGGCCCGGGACGUGCUGCUCUUCGAGCACGAGCGGGGCCGCUUCUUCACCGUCCUCGGGCUCUUCUGCGCGGCCCAGGGCGUCUUCUGGAGCUCGCUGGCCGUGGUCUCCCUCGGCCGACCCCCGGCCCCACAGGCUCCGGAGCGCGGCCGCGCCGACCUGCGCUUGACCCUCUGGCGCUACGGACUGGCCAUCGGCUGCGGCAUCAUCGGGACCCUGGUACUUGGUGGCGGCCUGCUCUUCUCCGUCCGCUCUGUGCGUUCAGUGAUGCUUCGGGCCGGAGGGCGGCAGGUGACCCUCACCACUCACGCCCCCUUUGGCCUGGGAGCCCAUUUCACUGUCCCCCUGAACCAAGUCUCCUGCAUGGCUCACCGCGGUCAAGUCCCUGCCAUGUUGCCUCUGAAAGUCAAGGGCCGGCGCUUCUACUUUCUCUUGGACAAAGCAGGACACUUCCCCAACAUGAAACUCUUUGACAAUACCGUGGGUGCUUACCGGAGCUUAUAA